AUGCCCGCUCCUAUCAGCGAAUUGAUGCCAAAACAGCAGUCCCGUCUACGAUCUGUAUUAGACAAUCCAGAUCCAAUCGAAGCCACUGAUUUUUUCAAGGAGGUGGAACAGAUGCGGAACAAAGCUGCUGAUUGGACAUCUAUAUCUGACAAGACUUUCCGUCAAUAUAUCUCCUUCUCCGAUGACUUCGACGGAUUCUAUGAUCUAGUGUGGCGUAAACAAUUUCCGGACGCUCCAAUCGAUCCAUGGACCAUGGACGACAGUCAAGCUAUGGCCGAUAUUAUUUGUGGAUUCCUUCUCUUCCGUCUCAGAAAUACACUCGGACGACAUAAAUCCGGACAAGUCCGCAGCACCACGCUAGAGGCAUGGUCCAAAAAUAUGCUGUAUCUAGCGGCUUACAAUCUGAUUGGUCGCGGUACUCUCGCGACCGCUCGGGAUUAUUCCGUUAUGACUGGAAAAUUACCGGACAAAUCAGAUAGUCUCUGGUCGCUAGUCAGAAAUUGGUGUUCCGCUGCUUCAGCAGCCCUUUGUCUGCCACACGCAUCACCAGAAUACGAAUUUUUCGGACUUCCCGAAGCUGUGCUCAUCAUCCGGCGAAUUGAACAGAUCGUAGUCCAGACGCCACGUAGGGUCCAUUCAUUGAUUCAGACCAAAGCAGCGGUCCAAUUACUUCUGACAUUGGGUAUCCGUCCGUCCUCCCUUGGUCGACCUUCUGCUACAACUUCGGUUAACGCCAAAAUGUAUUUGGAGGAAAACAAUGUCAGCUUUAUUCAGAUCGCUCCCGGAGUAUACGAGACCAAGGUCAAUUUCCGGUGGUUGAAAGGAUUUAGCCAACAAAAACAUGGCAUAGCCAACUUUGCUCCAGUCUUACCUCCAGUCAGCAAAGUACAAAAUCUCCAAUUGGAAUUCGCAUCUACUAUAAUUCCAAUACUGAUCCAUCGACAAAAGCUCUGCUGUCAGACGGAAGAUGGAGAACAUAUUUUCUCCGACAUCGACGAGUUUCUGUCAUCUGAUUCGCGGCAUUUCUACGUUACGGAGAAAUCGGAAGACUCUAUUUUCCGCCAAGUUACAACAUCUGGAGAGCUAUCAGCAACACCCUCAAGUGCCGGAGAUAUUCAGCGAAGGCUCAAAGAAGUGGCGGUGGAAAUAAGACUGCCGAAUUGCAAGGCAUACCAUUUCCGUAGGAAUGUUGGAGACAUUGCCAGGAUCAUCAGCGGCAGAGAAGGUCAGGCUUCAGCGCUCAACCAUUUUGGUAGAGACCACGAUGUCGGUCGGACUGUCUAUUCUCAUGGCGUAGAAGAUAGCAUUCUGCCAAGAGUGGUAUUAGAAGAGUUCAAAGACUCUGACGGUGAAGCCAUCAAGAAACUGGAAGCUAGUCGACAUCAUCUUAGAUCUCUGGACGGAAGAGCCGUCCAAGCCAUGCUACGUUUGUGGCGAGAGGGAAUGCUACAAGUUGGAGAUAUCAUAGAUCCACCAGAAGAAGAUGAAAUCCAAGAAGAAUUAUAUAGAGAACCAGAGUACAGCGAGAUGGCUAAGGCGAUAGAAAUACUCGAGGAAGCUGGUGAAGAUCAGAAUAAUUCAGAAGAUUACAUACAGCUACAGAAACGGAACAGAUACCUUCGCCGUCGUGCUAGAAAGCGCGUCGUAAAGCGGAAAGAAGGUGCUGUUGUUCGAUCUGAAGGGAGUGGAUCAAGAGCUGUACACGGUACCCAGCUGGAGUACAAGUCUGCGAAGACAGCUUUGGACCACCUACGAUCCAGCAUCCCUUAUGUUCUGAGCCAUCCAAUCGGUUCCGAUCCUUCCGGCGAUUUCGACAGAUUCUGGGAGACUGCGUUACGGAUUACUCCACAAGCUCCAGGUGACGAAGCUCCAUAUAUGAUCCAUUUGGAAGACGAAGGGCUGUGUCUAGAAACAGAAGGUCACGUGGAUUACGAUCCCGACGACUUGGAAAUGCCAGAGGAACAGAUAACCAGAAUAGUAGAAUCAGUCAAUUUCCGAAAAAAAAAAGAAAGUGCUCCUGAAAUAGUCCUCAGAGUGCAAGCUGAAAAUGCUGCUGGUAAUGGCACACGGAAAAGGAAACAUACGGAAGAGACAAUCGCUGGUUCACUUGGCUCAUCUUCCAGGAAAAAGUCAGCUGUUCAUCGAGCUAAUGCACCGUCUGCUAAACAGCAGCUCGGACUUAGUGGAAACCUCAAGGAAAAUGAGGUGGAUGAGGAUGGAAACAGAAUAGACGGAAAUGAUCCUGUGGUCCAGAAUAAGCUGUUGGGACAAGAAGCGGAUAAUUUUCUGUCGGAUUUGGAAAUUUUCGAUGACAGCAGCGAAGCCAAGGAACCCUCAGAUAUACACAUUGUCAGAUACCGCGCCGAGUACAUGCGGAGGAAUUUCAGACUCUUACAGCUUCGUGAUCUAAAUGAAGUCGAAGAUCCGCUUGCCAAUUUCGUCACUACGAAUGGAUGGUGCCCAUUCUGUGUUCCUGGUGAGCUAGGAAUGAUCCGUUUCAUCCGAAACAAAGCUGGCCGAAUCUCUCACAACGGCGUUGGCACCGGUAUCCUCCAUUCUGGGGACACCGGAAAAUUAGAAAGGAUGAAACUGAUACAUCAGCAUCUACCCCGUAUGCAUCCGGAAAUAUGGCUGAAUAUGUCUGAGCUUGGCCUUCAAUCCGUCAAGAGCGACGGAUCUAUCAAAGAUCACGAUCCGGCAGACUUCGAUCAAAUGGCGCAACUACUUGCCGAUGCUUACACCUUAGAGCUGCCAGAAGAGCCAAUGGUCGAAGACAGCCAACUGACGGAGGUUUUGUGGAUGAGAAAUCAGUGGAUGGAUAGGUGGGCCAAAUAG